GAUGGUGAUACUCCACUCUAUAUGGCCUGUCAGAAUGGACACAAGCACACAGUUGACGUUCUGUUGAAGAAUGGAGCAAAUGUUAAUCUUACCACUACAGUUGAUCCUCUCUCAUCUCCUCUGGGGAGUAGCUGCUGAAAAAGGUCACACAGAGAUUGUGGAGAAACUGAUAUCAGCUGGAGCUGUCAUCAACUACCAGAACAAGCUGUGGGUCCUGUGCCCUAAUACUCGACAA